AUGCAGCUACUGGGAGCGUGGCUGGCGAUGGUGGCCAUAGCUGCGGCCACCCUGCUGGUGCUGAUGCUUCCUGAUCAUGUGCAGGCGCCACCACCGAUCCUGAACUUCUCUCCAAGCUCCUGCAGAACAAAGUUAAUGACUCACAUCUCUCUGUCGGACUGUGGCUAUGGAGAAGGUAGAGAUGCAUACUGGACAGCUUGCCAUCCCUGCAGGUACAAAAGCAGCUGGGGCCACCACAGAUGUCAGGCUUGCAUCACCUGUGCUGUCAUCAAUCAUGUGCUGAAGGCCAACUGCACAGCUACUAAUGCCAUCUGUGGGGACUGUCUGCCCAGGUUCUACCAUAAGACACGCAUUGGAGGCCUUCAGGACCAAGAGUGUAUCCCAUGCACAAAGCAGACCCCCACCUCUGAGGUUCAGUGUGCCUUCCAGUUGAGCUUAGUGAAAGCAGAUGCACGUAGAGUGCACCCUCAAGGAAUCAUGCUUGUUGCACUGGUGAGCGGUCUGCUUGUGGUAUUUACCUUGGUCUCUGGACUCUUCUUCUUCUACUACAAGCAGUUCUUUAAUAAACAGUGCCAGCAAGGAGGUUCACUGCAGUUUGAGGCUGACAAGGCAGUGGAGAAGGAAUCUCUCUUCCCCUUGCCACCUGACCAGGAGACCAUUCCUAAGUCCUCACUGAGCGAGAGCACCUUUGAGACCCAGCCACUUAAUCCCAUCCUGGAUGAUGACUACAACUCGACUCAUGGCUUCUCCACACAGGAAUCCUUUACUGUAAUCUCCUGUGCCUCAAAGAGCUACUUCUACUGGCUACACACUCCCACUGAAUGCACAGAGCUGGACCUGCAAACAUUUUUCAGCUCUGCCUCCUAUACUGCAGCCAACACCUGGUGGAACACUGCAGAAAGCUCUGGAGGCAGGCUGGAGACCAAUGUGCCCUUUGAAGUCCCCAGCCCUUAA